GCGACCGUAAGGAAGCUGGCUGAGGGUGCAGCGAGAGCAUAGGCCGAAACGAACCGAAACGUGGAUUGGUUGGCGCUGCUGGGGUGAUUCUUGUCGUUCAAGCUUUUGGUUUGGAAGGAGGGUACACGUUGGUAAUACCAACUUGGUAUAGCGGCGAGCUAACCGCUCGCAAUUAUAUUGUAAAAGAUGAUCGGUACGAGCGAAAAAAGAAGUCAGGAAGGCGAAGAAUUCGAUCAAAAGAUUAAGAUUUUAAUUGUGGAUAUAGAAGGAACCACUACAUCUAUUAGUUUUGUCAAGGACACGCUGUUUCCUUACAUUAGGGAAAACUUAAAAGUGUAUUUGAAAAGUCAUUGGAAGGAGCCAGAAUUUGUUGAAGAUUUGACUUUACUUCGAAAACAGGCUGAGAGUGAUAAAGAAAAUGGAGUGGAAGGUUUAGUACCCAUUCCAGCUGGUAAUGAUGAUGAUGAUGAGAUAUGCCAAGCAGUGUUAAAUAAUAUUUUGUGGCAAAUGGAUCUUGAUAGAAAAACAAAAGCCUUGAAACAACUGCAGGGUCAUGUAAUGCGUGAAGGAUAUUUGAAUGGAAAAUUAAAGGGACACGUGUAUGACGAUGUGCAACCAGCCCUAAAAUCUUGGAAACACAGUGGUCGUCAAGUAUACGUGUAUUCUUCAGGCAGUGUUGCUGCACAGAAGCUCCUUUUUGAGUUUUCUGAAAAGGGCGACUUGCUGGAGCUUUUCUCAGGCCAUUUUGACACUGAUGUGGGUUCAAAAAUUGAGUCCUCCAGCUAUUCAAAUAUUGCCAAACAAUUAAAUUGCAAAUGUGAAGAAAUAAUGUUUUUAACAGACAUUCCUAAAGAGGCAAUGGCUGCCCAAGAAGCUGGAUUGCAUCCAGUUCUGGUUGUACGACCUGGAAAUGAUCCUCUCUCAGAUGAUGACUGUCACAAAUUUCGUGUCAUAAAGUCCUUUGAUGAUAUAGUUUUUGAAGCAUCUGCAAAGAGAACAAAAUUGUCAGUUGAAUCUACAGAUAAUACAGUUUCCAGUGAAACUUCUAAGGACAUGAAUUCUAGUAUGCAAAUGGAUGUUGAUGUUGACGACAGUUGCCCGAAGGUAAGUGAAGGAGCAACAUCGACAUCAGAUUCCCAGGAAAAGUCUGAAGUUGCUGUUGUACAGAACGGGAAUGCUCAGAAAGAGAAUGGUGAACAAAACAUCUCUGGAGAAAAAGAGAACAAAGCCACUGUUGAAGAGAGAGCUGAAACAGAACCAGAAAAGGCAUCAAAACCAAAAACGGAUUCUAAUAUGAGCAGCAAAAUUGAAAAAGGCAUUGAAGAAUCGAAGAAUGAAAAGAAUAAAGUUGAGAGCCCCCAAAAGACUGAAAAUAGCAUUAAGGAAGCAGGAAAAGUAGAAAUUGAUGUUCAAACGAGCAAUUCUAGUGAAAGCACUAAUCCAGAUGAGACUUCUAAAGAUAAAAUUGUUACAGAGGAAACAAAAUGUGAUAAUGAGAAAAUGGAAACUGAUGGAUGCACUCUUGAGAAGAAGUCUAAUAAUCCAGAAGAGAGCGAUUCAUUAAGUUCUAAAGAAACAGGAAAGACUGCAGAGGAGACUGAAAAAGGAAAGUCUGAUGGAUCUGCUACAGAAACAGUAAUUCCAGAGGUUGCAAAGGAUUCUAAGAGUGUUGAACCUAAGACUGCCGCUGUUUCUUCUGUUGAACCUAAGACUGCCGCUGUUUCUUCUGUUGAACCUAAGACUGCCGCUGAUUCUUCUGAUGAACCUAAGACUGCCGCUGAUUCUUCUGAUGAAGCCAAGACUGCCGCUGCUUCUGAUGCAUCCAAGACUGCCGCUGCUGAUGAUGCUUCUGAUAAAACUAAGACUGCUGAAGUUGAUAAGGCUAAGACUGCUCAAACUGCUAGUAAAGAAAAGGCCACAAGUGAUGUGGGAGAAGAAAAGACUGUUGAUUCUCCUUGUGAGAAAAUGAACGUAGAUGCUGAAGUUAAAAGUACAUCUAAAGAUGGUAAAGACUUGAAGGCUUCAGGUGAAGAGGAAAUUAAAAAACAUGAAACUAAAGUUCCUGAAAAAAUUGAGUCAAAGGUUUUAGAAAAGUCAAAUGUUUCUGCUAAAAAGACCUCAGAAAUUGUGGAAAAAGAUAAAUCUGUUGAGAUAGCAGAAGAGGCAAAAGAAACUUCAUGUUCGCCAGAGGUAGCUGAAGAAGUUAAAGCUUCAGAUGAAAAAUCAACUGAAAUUGCUGAAGAGAUUACUGAGAAAGUAACCACAUCAGAAGUUACUAAAGAGAUUAAAGCUCCUGAGGUUACUGAGAAAGUAACCACUUCAGAAGUUAAUAAGGAGAUUAAAACCCCUGAGGUUACUGAGAAAGUAACCACCUCGGACGUUACUAAUGAUAUUAAAUCAGGUGAGAUAGCUGAAGAAAAAGUUUCAGAAGGUAUUGGAAAAGCAAAAAUUGCAGAGGGAGCCGAAGAGGUAAAGUCUCCUGAGAGGACUGAGAAUACCAAAGUGGAAAAGAUGAUUGCCUCAGAGGCAAAGCCCUUAAAAUCUGUUAAUGAAGCAUUGCCCUCAAAAGCUGAGAAGGUACAGACUACUGAAUCUUUGGAUGAAAAGAUGGAGUGUGAAGAAUCAAAGACUGAUGAAUCAACCAAGCAAUUAAAAAACUCUAAGGCUAUUGAAAAUAAUGCCCCUCACACUUCAGAGAAGAUGGAAGAAUCAGGAACAGAGGAUUCAAAAAGUGAAAAUGUUAUGCCUGAUUUACCAACAAAAGGCUCUGAAGAUUCAAAGAGAGGAGAAUGCAAGUCCUUAGAAAACACUGAAGAGAAAAAGGUGACUGAAAGUUGUCCAGAGAAGUUAACAGAGAAAGAUAAUCAGGAUUCAAUGGAUAAAAAAAAUAAAAUUGCUUGUACAGAAAAUGGUGAAACAGAUGUGGAAAUGGAAACUGCUGCUCCUGACAGUUCAGAUAAAGAUCAGAAAGUAGAUAAUAAGAUUUCUGACGACAAAGUUCCUAAGAAGGAUGCAGAGGAGAAUAAAUCUUCUGAUAAUGAUUCAUCUGCCAAAAAUGCUGAAGCAAUGGAAACAGAUGGUCAGGAUUCAGAAACAGUUGAUAAAGCUGCCCCAAUGGAUGUUGAAAGCACAGAAAUUAAUUCUGGUAAUGAGGGAAAUGUUGAAAUAAAAAAGGAAGUAGAGUCUAAGACAAAUGGAAUUAAUAAUAGUCAUUCUGCAUCUCCUGCUGAAAAUGAUACCAACGUGAAAAUUUUGGAUAAAGAGAGCAUUAAACUUAAAAAAAAUGAAGAAUCUGAAGCCGCUAAAUUGAUCACCCCUCCUUCUGUUCAGUCCUAGACAUUAGGGAAUGUACUCAAUGUUCCUGUUUGGUGUUCAGUAUACUAUUUUUAUCGUAUUUAUAUUUUUGUAUUAUUUGUGCCAUUAACGUUUAGCAAUUAAGAUAAGUUAAUCAUGUACCUGAUGUAUUGUGGUAGCAUGCCCUUUGCUAUGCAUCUACAGUAUCUGCAUUUCGGUUGUGUUUUUUUAUUGUGAUAUAGUUUGAAAAUGUCUUCCAUCAUUGUUUCCUCAGGGUUACAGCUUCUUACCCAUUUCCCCCAAUGUUAUGUGAUCUUUUCCUUUUUUUAGCUAUUAUCAGUAUUUUAAUCUGUAUUACUGUACUGUGAACCAAUUUUACGGAAUCUCAGGUUCUUGUAUUUUUCUAUUUGAAAUACACUUUUUGAACUGACAAAUGAUUUGUAUUCUUGUAGUUUGUUAUUAAUCUUACUACUGAUGCCCUUGCAAGAUCCUCAAAUAAUUGUAUAAAUAAAUAUUUCGACAGUUCUG